AAACCCACCGGACGGUGCUGAACCAGAUCCUGCGCCAAUCCACCACCCACUUGGCUGACGGCCCCUUCGCCGUCCUGGUGGACUACAUCCGCGUCCUCGACUUCGACGUCAAGCGCAAGUGCGUGGGCUGUAGAGAAGGGGCUUUUCUGGGGGACUCGUACCGCGAGCUGCACCGCAAGUCCCCCGAGGAGAUGAAGAACCGCCUGUACAUCGUGUUUGAGGGCGAAGAGGGCCAGGACGCGGGGGGGCUGCUGCGGGAGUGCUACUUCAAGUUCGUGGGGCGCAUCGUGGCCAAGGCGGUGUACGACAACCGCCUGCUCGAGUGCUACUUCACCCGCUCCUUCUACAAGCACAUCCUGGGCAAGUCGGUCCGGCUACUCCGAGGAGCACAGGGACCCCCCCAGGGACCCCCAGGGUCAUAGGGACCCUCAGGGACCCCUCCAGGGGCACAGGGAUCCUUCCAGGGACACCCGCAGUGA